CUCAUCUACGCAGGUAAAAUCCAAGAUUCUUCCAUUUAUUUCUGUCGUUUCCUCAUAAGAUUUCGAGGCGAUAUUCUAGUUUAUGAUUUGAUUGGCUAUCAAAAACAUGUAGCGGAUUGACUUUUGUCAGAUUCGGAUCCAUGAGUUUAGUUUAUGGUCAACUUUUAUAUUCUUUAUUUCUCGCUUUCGAGAUUGAUUGACUCUCUCUGUUAGGGUAGCGAUUCUCUGAAACUUUAAAUCAUUUUCUUUGUGGAAGAUGCAAAUUUAUACAUGUGUGUGGUUUUGAGCUCCUUCAUAAUUGCGUUCAGGAACUUAUUUGAUCCAGAAAAGUAUGUGUUCGUGUAUAUCUUUAAUCUAUGCAUACCAACAAAUGAAAUUGGUUCAGAAUCUAUCUGAUCCUUAUGAGAGUGUGUAUGUGUUUAUGUACAUAUAAACUCCAAAUGCGUAUAUGCUUACCUAGAUAAGAAUUUGCUUACAGAACAUAUCUUGAUCCAUCAGAUACUCUCUCUAUAUGUAGAGAGAACAAGAUGUUUACUGGGUGUUAAAUCAAGUUUUCAGCCUUAUUCAUUCAAAAAAAAAAAGUUUUCAGCCUUAGCUGCUUCAUGAAGAUUGUGAAGUUGUCAUUUUAUUGUUGAUAGUUGUAUUGGCUCUAUAUGGCAGGGAAUUUUUGCAAGGUUGAAAUGGCAGGACACAAGGUUGCGCAUGCCACACUGAAAGGCCCGAGUGUGGUGAAGGAAUUAGUUAUCGGUUUGGCACUCGGUUUAGCUGCUGGUGGUCUCUGGAAGAUGCACCACUGGAACGAGCAGAGGAAAACCAGAGCUUUCUAUGACUUGCUUGAGAGAGGCGAGAUCAGCGUUGUCCACCCUGAAGAGUGAAAUUCAACACUAGGCCACCACUCUCAAAGCUCUAUUUUUAUGUUAUUAUUACGGUUUCUUGACUUCUCAGACAAAGUUACGUGAGAAAAAGGGUUGCUUGCUUAAGAAAUAAACAACAAAUCUGAGAUCAUUGUUAUAUUUCAAUACAUCUUUCCUGAUUUUAUUGGGUAGACGAUCUAUUU